UGAAAGUAUAUGUCAUGCUCCAUCAAAAGAGUCCACAUGUGCUAUGUGUAACCCAACGACUGCGAAAUUCCGAACUGAUAGAUCCAUCAUUCCAAUGGCAUGGGCCGAAAGGAAAAAUUGUUUCAGAAAACAGCACUGCACAAGUAACAUCCACAGGAAGCCUUAUAUUUCAGAACUUCGAGGAGGCUAUGAGUGGAGUUUACACAUGUUUUCUUGAGUAUAAACCUACUGUGGAAGAAAUUGUUAAAAAUCUUCAACUAAAAUAUCUUGAAUAUGCAUAUUGUGAACCUCAUUAUUAUUAUCAGUUCACAGCUCGGUACCAUGCAGCUCCCUGCAAUAGUAUCUAUAAUAUUUCCUUUGAGAAGAAACUUCUUCAGAUUUUAAGCAAAUUGGUUCUUGACCUUUCAUGUGAAAUUUCCUUACUUAAAUCUGAAUGCCAUCGUGUUAAAAUGCAAAGAGCUGGUUUACAAAAUGAAUUGUUCUUUACAUUUUCAG